CAAAUGUAAGCCAUGUAUUGAAUUUUAGUAUACAUUACAUUAACUAAACCACAUUUUGAGAACCAGUGGAAACGCAUUUCACCACAAGACUUAGAAGCAAUGGAGCCUUUGUAUUUGUACGACAUCAGCACUAUAAUAAACAGCAAAACCACUGAGAGAAUUAUUUCACCCAUGGCUGCUCAGCUUUGUCAUCUCAUUAUAGCAAUGGAGUGGGAAGGUGUGGAUAAUGAGGCCUUUCCUGACUUAGGGAAGACUGCAGAAGAGUUAGCUAAAUCUACUGAAGAACUUGCUUUUGCUGCAAGAAGGCUGGCUGAGGAGUCCAAUGAUGAAGUGCUGAGAGAUGAGAUGUGUCCUGCAGCUGAAUCUGUCCUCGUGUCUGGCAAGAGUACCUUACUAGCAGCCCAGAAACUUAACAUUCAGCCUGAGAUCCAGAGCCAUAAGGAGGAACUGAUUGUCUCAGCACAAAGGGUCUUGAUGGAGACAAUGCGGAUUCUCCAAAUUGAAGAGGAUGCUUCAGUGAGGAGGAUUAUUCAGGCUGCUGACUGGCUUUUGGAUUGCCUGAGCACAAUGGAGUCUGCAGGAGAUAUAUCAGCCCUGCUGGCCGCUUUCUGGGAUUUUUCAGAGUCCCUGCUUUUGCUGAACAAUUUGACAGAAAGACGCAUUCAGGAACUCAAAGCAUCUCCUCAGCAGAAACACUUGGCUGAAACCCUGCAGAUCCUUAGGAAAUGUGUCCCUCUGUUGCACGCCGCCAAGCAUGGUGUUCUAAAACACCCCCAGGACUUGCAGGUGAACCUUUCUAAAGACUAUGUUUUUGCCUUGAUUGAUAGAACUGUAAAAGAACUGAUUUCCUUGCUUUCAAAUGACUCGGGGAACAAAGAACUAAGGGAGAGAAAUGGUCUCUUUUCCCACCAUCUGAGUCAGCUAAUGGGUCUCUUGUCCAGUCCACACCCUAAGCACUUUUAUGAAGGUGAAUUUAACUUGCUUGUAGAAGCAGUGGUUUUCUACUGCAUGAUUUUAGCUGAUUCAUCCAGGCCAAAUAUUAAGCUGCAGCUCAUCAAACAUUGCCAUCAUCUCCUAACUUUCUGGAAAAGCAUCUCCAGCCACGCAAGCCUAACAAGACAGCUGGCAACACAAAAUCAGAUAAUGGGUGAACUAGUAGAGAAAUGUCACACAAUGAGGGAGGAAGUGGAGAGUCUUGAUCAAGCAGUGCUCACUGCCCUUCUGUGUCAGAUUGUGGACACAUUCACCGAAACAAAGGAACCCCUGAAACGGUUAAUAGAAGCUGUGCUGGAGCCUACUGUUAUGUCAUGUGCCCCUGCAGAAGGGAACAGAUUUCUGAAGAAACUUCAGCCUCUCAUCACUGCCUUCUUUAGCCACUCUCAUCAGAUGAUCAAAGUGGCCAAUUUUGCUCUGGCCAGGUGCACUAAAAUCAACACUGUUACUGAAAUUGAGGACUGUGUAGGUUGUUUAAAUAGACUCCUGGCCACUGUGCCACUGCUCCUCACAGAAGUGAGCAAAGAUCCUCCAAAGGUUAGCAUGUCUGAACAACUGCAGUCCUUGUAUCAUACGUGGGCUGGGACAACAGAAAGCCUGCUGGCAUGCUUUGAUGAGGUAAUCAGCUUGCACGGAUUCCUGGAUCUGUCUGUUCAAGAAAUGGCCAAUCAUAGAGAAGGUUGUGAGAAAGCUCUGGAAAGUGAGAUCUCUGGAGAGUUUUCCUGGCAUGCUGCUAAUUUUACCUGCCGAGCUGCCCGCAUUGUCCAGGUCAUUCUCAGAUAUGUGGAUAAAGCCAGAGAUCCCAUCUUCAGGAAUGGCUUACUUGUUUUAGUUAAGCAGUUGGACACAUCCAUUCUUGAAGUGAAAGCUGCCACUGACCAGUGUUUAGAAAGAAUCUCCUGCUCACAAGCAAGAAACACUUUCUUAGGGAGGGCAAAGCAUCUGGUUGACUCUGCUUGCAGGGUCAGAGAAGGGCUAGAUGAGUCCAACCAUCCAGCUAUUCUUAGCCCCCUUCGGGAGCACAUUCGGGAGCCUGACCUUCCCAGAGAACUGGCUUGCUUUGCUGCUCAUGAACUGUCAACACCUGGGGCCACACAUGCCAUAAAACCAAAGACCACUGACAGUAACAAACUACUGGAAGAUUUUUUAUGCAAACCGCUUCAGUCAGUCUCCUCUGCUUUUGAGAUGCCUCUAAGUCCAGGUAGCUUAUAUCUUAAUGGCACUCCAAGAAAAGCGGAUGUACACCCUGUGAUUGGGCAACUCUUAACAGCAACAAAGAAACAUGAUGUCACAGCUGUCAAUACUGCUUGCUCUGCUUUGGUUGAACUCUCCAACUGCUGUGUUGAUGCGGCUAAGGAAGCCUUACCCUUUGUUCAGUCACCUUUGUUGGAAAAGCUGACACACUACAGAAAGAUAGUAUUAUUAACACCAUGUGUUGUUAGCUUAGCUAGGGAAAUAGCCCCAGACCCACUGUCCAGUACUGACAAACUCCUUCAAACAGCUAUCUUGCUUUCUGAGAGGAUUUGUGAAACUAAGCAGUGCCUGAUGACUGUGGCAGACUCUUGGUACAGCCUGUCACAGCAGUUGUUCUGCGUUAUAUCUCCAUAUGAUUUUCUGAAAAGCAAACAAACUCUGGAUGAGAUAAUGCAGGCGUUAGCCCUGGUUGUUCAGCUAGCAGGUGACAUUGCAUGUACAGACACUGAGGAGGAGCACACUGUGGUUCCAAAGAUCCGUGAAAGGUUUGUAAGAGUUCAAGCAAAAUUCAAGUGUGCCCAGACUAAUACAAAGCUUUUGUUAGAGAAGGUGCUGUCCUCUGGUAGCUUCCACUCUAACCAGGCUGGAGUGGGCAGACUGGAAGCCAACUGUGUUCUGUGGUCUGUCAUCAUGCAAGUGCUCCUGCUCUCUGUGGAUCAUUUCAUAGGAAGAGAUGUUUUGUUCUUGAGUGAACUGAGAAAUACCAUGAAGCACAAGCUUUGCCUGCAGACUGUCUUGGCAGCUGUGUCUGAGAGCUCUCUGAGAAUACAGGAAGCAGCCUGCCUCUCUCCCGCCUCCUAUGCUGAAGGUGGUAGGGAUUGUGAGAUUCUUGUGCUGAGGCAGGAAAUCAAGAUGCUGACUGAAGCUGUGUUGCAGGUUGCAGAUAUUCUGUCGGUCUCUCUAGUGCCUACUCCCAACCUGUCUGUUCGCUUUGAGCUUCUCCAGCGAGAGCUUGCCAUUAGGGCACAAACACUGAUACUCUACCUCAACAGCACCAACCAGGAAUUUCUAAGGGUCAUCCAAAGUGUUGUCCAAUUGGCUCUGCCUUGUGCAAGGGUCCAUGACAGCGACAGAGAGAUGAUCAGAAAGGUCUUUGAAGAGAGGGCUGGGAGGAUGAUGGCAAAUGUCCAGCAAGUCAAAACAAUCAUAAAAGAUGCUCUGCGGAACACUGCUUGCUUAAACCUACAGGAAAGCUUGCUCUCAGCCACAGACCACCUUCUCCUCCUCACCUCGGAGGUGAUAAGAAGAGCUAGUAAACUCCUACAAAGCCAACAGGACAAGGAGCUUUUCCAGCUGGAUAAUAUUUUAUGGGAAUGGGCUGCUAAAGCUCACUGUGUUGUGACCCAACUUCAGUCAGUUCCAGGCAUCAGGGAAUCAGCCCUGGAGCUCAUUAAACUGUACUUGCAAAACAGUGAGUCACAUAAUGUUUCACAUCAACAUUAUGACACAGCACAGCUCUUCCAAGCUGAAAUACCCGGCACAAAAAAUCAGAGUUGUGCAGGUUUUGCCAAUUCAGCGGAAAGUUCCCUGGCCAAGAGUGAAUGGACAGGUUUAGCUGCCAGGGAGACAUUUGAAAUGCUCCCGCAUGAGUGUUGGAAGGACCAACACGCCAGCAACGGAGAGCCGCCGUGGGGAGCCCUGCGACCAGAAACUGAAGUUUUACAGGAUGACACCAGUAGACUGGGCCAGGUCACCAGGGAACUGGCCACUCAAAUGUUUCACAUGACACAGUUUCUAAAGAGGAAAGGACCCAUUACGACCAAAGAGCAGCUUGUUGACUGUGCUGGACAAGUGGCUUCCAAGGGGCAAGUGUUUGUUAAAUUUGGCCACAUCAUUGCAAAGAAUUGCUUGGAUGACAGGUGUGCACCAGCUGUGCUGCAUGUCACGGAGCAGAUCCAGACCAUCAGCAGUCAGCUCAGCAUUCUUGCCAGGGUAAAAGCAGCAAUAGCAGGGAGCAGGUGCUCUGCUGAACUCCUGGUAAACAAUGCCCAGAACCUAAUUCAGGCGGUGCUACAGCUGCUGAAGGCAGCAGAAGCAGCAUGCAUCAAAGGCUUGCGACAGCCAUCUCAUGACUCAGAAGAGGGGGAGGUAGCUGCUUUUUGUACUCAGUGGAGAAAAAACCUAUUAUGGCAUAGAACCAAAGAAGCUUUAAACCCAGACAGGGAUGAAUUAGGACUUCGCAAAACACGUGCAGAGCUUGAACCCACUCUUACAGCCCUGGUUCAAGGACCAUCAUCUCAAUGUUAAAAACACUCCUACCUACUCCUAACCUGUAAAAAAAAUCCUGGUAUGGCUAGCGUUCCCCAGGAACAGGAAGAGAUCUCUGCCCGUGGCAAAGAAUUGACAGCCUGGAAGGGUAGGGCUCUCGUCACUGACCUCCUUUGAAACUUCCUGUGCUCACCAGAAACAGGACACUAUACACUAGAAGACUGUACAUAUUUUCCAAGGGCCAUGAAGAAUUAAUCUCCCCCUAUGUUGUCUUACCUAAACAGUUGGCUUGUAAAUGGAAACUCUUUCAUUCAGAGACCCUUCACACCACAAUGUGUUGAUUCAAAUUCUAGACCUGUGGAUGAAUACACAGGUGUUGAUGUUAACUUAACAAUGUUCAUGAGAAAUUACUUGUCCAUCCUGGCUACAUGGCUUUGUGCACCUGCUUGACACUGAAUAUGAGACUAUACCUCAGAGGAACCCUCUCAGCUUUGAUCUGUUUACUCCCUAAGAAAACAACCUCUGGGUGUGUCUAUGCUGCGUAGUAAAGUGUCACCGUCUAUAUGUGCGCAGCAUUUACUGUGCAGUAUAUUAGUCUACUGCAUGGU